AUGCCUAUCCGCGUCAAGUCGCGCCCCAUAUCGCAAGGAGACCGAGCGCCGUCACCGCACUGGGGUCAGUUUGAGUCGGCUGAGCUGCCUGAUAUUGGCUAUGACGACACAUUCCGUGAUGUUGUGAAGCAGCUGUCAAGAUAUAUUGCUGACGUGGUGUAUCUGCCGAGUACCUUCGAACAGCUACGGACCACGUCCGCAGGCGAUUCCCUCCGGCAAUUGGUAGACCAUCUCAGCGCGAACGUGACGCACCCGGCUAUUGUCAACGCUCUACUAGCGCUUCGGUGGCAUUAUGGAACUGGAGGUGAUGAAAAAGGCGUCAGCGAAGCCCGUGCAAACGCAUGCGAAAUCGUGGCAUGGCGAUUCCUGACCCGCCUUUCAGAGCGAGAAGCCGUCGAAUUCUGUCUUUAUGAGAUACCUGACCCAAAAUAUAUCGCAGCUCCAUCUCAAAGCGCCCCCGACCGGGGUGAGAGCAAUGAACGCACAGCACUACUUGGUUCAUCAACACCACACUCGGACGAUAGUCUCGAGAACGGGAAAAGGAUCCGAACAGGGACCCAAAGACGAAACCAGCUGAUGCAGUCUCUUUCGAAACUGACCAUGAGCAUGCACUUCGAUUCAGAUGAGGAAGAGGAUGAGACUGAUCCAACUGCACCAUUCAUACACUUGAAUGCACUAGAAAUAGCAGCCAUUGCAGAUGCAAAGCGCUUCCUCAGUCAACAUGUCGUUCAGAAAAUUAUCACGGGCAUCUGGAGCGGCGACAUCAUCUUCUGGGAUCGGCUAUCCGUGGGCUCGGUCAAGAAACCUAGAUUCUACAACUUACAUACUGCCGAUCCCUUCUGCCGUUUACGCGUUCCAAAAUAUCUCAAAGCUUAUGAGGUCGUCUUCUUUGGUGGAUUCUUGUUCCUCUACUACGCAGUUCUUAUCGAGCAGAGCCGGGCCGCCAUUACGCCUUUGGAGGUUUUCUUAUACAUCUGGUUCGCCGCUUUCUUCUACGACGAAGUCAGCGAGUAUAUCGAUGCAGGGUCAAUCUUUUACGCAGCUGAUGUCUGGAACCUGUUUGACAUGAUCAUGAUCGCCAUUGGCGUCGUGUUCGCGGUGAUGAGGUUCAUUGGACUGUACUACGAGGACUAUACGCUGGUGGACAUAGCCUUCGAUGUCUUGUCUCUGGAAGCACUAUUCAUGGUGCCAAGAAUUUGCUCAAUUUUGAGUCUUUCCCCUUAUUGGGGUACAUUGAUCCCAUGUCUCAAGGAAAUGGGCAAGGAUUUCAUCAAGUUCAUGGUGCUAGUCAUCAUCAUUUAUCUUGGGUUUCUUACGACGUUUUCUCUAAUUGGGCGAGAGAUCUACUCCUUUAGAAGUAUGGCGAUGAUUGUCACUAAGAUCUUCUUUGGAUCGUCGUAUGUCGGCUUCGACAUCAUGGAUGACAUUGAUCCCGUUUUUGGGCCACCCUUGAUGCUCAUAUUUGUAACACUGAGUUCAAUCUUACUUAUGGGUUCUCUCACGGGUAUGCUCAGUAAUAGCUUCUCUCGAGUCAUAUCUCAUGCUCGAGAGGAGUAUCUCUACGUAUACAGCGUGUAUGUGCUUGAGGCAUCGACUAGCAAUCGACUCACCCACUUCUACCCCCCUUUCAACCUCCUGGCGUUGUGCAUCUUCCGGCCGUUGAGAUUAUUCCUCCCUUCAGGAGACAAGUUUCGCCAAGCUAGGAUUAUACUGCUCAAGGCAACACAUCUGCCAAUCGUCGGUGUCAUCAGGGUCUAUGAGUACAUCACAUCCAAGAUUUCACCCUCCGAUGGCUUUGACACAUUCCGCGGACCCCGGCGAGCGGCAACCAAACGACGCCCUGCGCCGCCUUUGACAUCAUCAGGACCGCGGCCACGAGUGACGCGACGUCCGACAAGUGGAGAUGACAUUCAUCAGCCUUCGCCUGCACGAUCCCGACAGCCUGAAGACGAUUCCACUGAUGCACCGACGGAUGUCGAGGUCCGCAUCUCGGAACUGUCUUUGAAGAUCGACAGAUUGACUGCCCUUGUCGCAGCAUUGCAACCUGGCGCGGGCACCGAGACAACACGAACUUAG